AUGAAAAAAACCAAAAAGGUGGCCAAGGCCAAGGCUGAGGACCUGAAACAGAUGGGGGAUAGGCUUCCAUCUCAUGUUGAGGCUUUGCCACGGUCAUUGAGACCACCCAGCACAACACACAGACAAUUGACAGAGCUGAGUAAAGACUCAGAUAUUGCACAUGGGCGCGCUGAACGGGUAGUUACUCAGAUUGAUUUUGCCGCCUGGGUUGCUGAUCACCUGGAAUCACACCCAGCAGAGAAUGUUCGUCCUGACUCAUUGCAAAAGCCAUCAUCAGUUCCACUGGGGGAAGGGAAGGUGGCCUCGCAUUCUGCUAGUGCCCAGAAGCCUCCAGUUGUGCAAGCAGAAAGGGCUGAGCCACUGCAGAGGGCACCUGUUUCACCUACUACAAUUGUCUUUAAGGCUCGAGGCACUGACGGUGAAUGGAGAAAGAUCCAUGAGCUGGACGUUGAUCCAUCUGACCCAGCUGCUGUGGAGCGACUGGCUUGGAAAGAUGCAAGAAAUCGACAGGCAACCUUUUAUGAUAAGGACCUGCGCAUAAUUACUCCAGCACAGUGCUAUGAUGCAGCAGUUGCUGAUGGAACAAAUACAGUCUUCAUGGAUUUUGAAGGAGACCUAGCAAUGGAUGAGGAGACACUGGCGUCAAUCUCACAGGAACUGAGACCAGAGAGCUCUGUUCAAGCAGCCAAACGCCGGCACUGA